GUCUCAGGAUCUUCGUCAUGACUCUUAAAUCUGGGCCUGUCAGUUUGCCCCAGCGUUUCUCGUCGCUAGGCGCGGCAUGGAGUUUACAGAAUUUGGCCAAUCAUAUCACCUCGAGGUCAGGUUGCCAGGCAGAUUAUGCUAAUGAGGCCCCGCCUUUUAUGCUGCUCCCACUCUGCGGCGGGAAGAACCACCUGGAGGUGGCGGGGGGGGUUUGAUUUCCAUCACCCCUAGGGAGAGAGGAUCGGGGACCCGCUGAUCUUCCACCUCCCCUCUCCCAACGUCGUGGGCCUUGCAGCGAGAACUUCCCUACCGUCCUUGGUGAACACAGGUGCGGCAGACAGAUGACGGCCCUGUCCCCUGUGCUGCUGUAGUGCCCCAGCCCUGGUGCUGCCCGCUGGGGAAGAUGGAGUCCAAAGACGAAAGCUCGCCUGUGUGGCCGACAGCCACGGAGCAUGAGCAGAACACGACCCAGGUGCACUUCGUCCCAGACGCUGGAACCGUGGCUCAGAUUGUCUACACCGAUGACCAGGUCCGGCCACCCCAGCAGGUGGUGUACACAGCAGAUGGUGCCUCCUACACGUCAGUGGAUGGGCCAGAGCACACGCUGGUGUACAUCCAUCCAGUGGAAGCUGCACAGACUCUGUUUACAGACCCAGGCCAGGUAGCUUUUGUCCAACAAGAUGCUGCAGCUCAGCAGGCCACGUUGCCAGUGCAUAACCAGGUGCUGCCCUCCAUUGAGAGCGUGGACGGUUCCGACCCUUUGGCAGCUCUGCAGAACCCUAUUGGGAGACUGGAGGCAAAAGAGGAAGAGGAUGAGGAUGAGGACGAGGACACAGAGGAAGAUGAGGAAGAAGAUGGUGAAGACACAGAUCUGGAUGACUGGGAGCCGGACCCGCCCCGGCCCUUUGACCCCCAUGACCUGUGGUGCGAGGAGUGUAACAACGCCCAUUCUUCAGUGUGCCCGAAGCAUGGUCCCCUGCACCCGAUCCCCAAUCGGCCCGUGCUCACCCGCGCCAGAGCCAGCCUGCCCCUGGUCCUCUACAUAGACAGGUUCCUUGGCGGGGUGUUCUCCAAGAGGCGCAUCCCCAAGCGCACCCAAUUUGGCCCCGUGGAGGGGCCCCUCGUCAGAGGCUCUGAGCUGAAAGACUGUUACAUUCACCUAAAGGUUUCUCUUGAUAAAGGGGACAGAAAAGACAGGGAUUUGCAUGAAGACCUGUGGUUUGAGUUGUCUGAUGAGACCCUUUGUAACUGGAUGAUGUUUGUACGUCCAGCCCAGAACCACCUGGAGCAGAACCUGGUGGCGUACCAGUACGGCCACCACGUGUACUACACGACGAUAAAGAACGUGGAGCCCAAGCAGGAGCUGAAGGUGUGGUAUGCUGCAUCCUAUGCCGAGUUUGUGAAUCAGAAAAUUCAUGACAUCUCCGAGGAAGAAAGGAAAGUUCUUCGAGAGCAAGAGAAGAAUUGGCCCUGCUAUGAAUGUAAUCGCCGGUUUGUAAGCUCAGAGCAGUUGCAGCAGCAUCUCAAUUCUCAUGAUGAGAAACUGGAUGUGUUUAGCAGAACGAGAGGCAGAGGAAGGGGACGAGGCAAGAGGCGAUUCGGCCCAGGUCGGCGGCCGGGGCGUCCUCCAAAAUUUAUCCGCUUGGAAAUAACGAGCGAGAACGGGGAGAAGAGUGAUGACGGGACGCAGGAUUUGCUACAUUUUCCCACAAAGGAGCAGUUUGAUGAGACUGAACCAGCUACUCCGAAUGGGCUGGACCAACCAGGACAGACCCCUAUCCCACUGCCUCAGCCACCGCAGGAAACCCCGGCUUCCCUGGACCAUGAACCAGAAACCCACACCCUGCACCUGCAGCCGCAGCACGAGGAGAGCGUGGCGCCUACCCAGAGCACUCUGACUGCCGACGACAUGCGCAGAGCCAAACGCAUCCGAAAUGCAGCUCUUCAACAUCUGUUUAUUCGGAAGUCCUUCCGGCCUUUUAAGUGUUUGCAGUGUGGGAAGGCCUUCCGUGAAAAGGACAAACUGGACCAACACUUGCGCUUCCAUGGGCGGGAGGGGAACUGCCCGCUGACCUGUGACCUCUGUAACAAGGGCUUCAUCAGCAGUGCGUCCUUGGAGAGCCACAUGAAGCUCCACUCGGACCAGAAGACUUACUCUUGCAUUUUUUGCCCAGACUCCUUUGACCGCCUUGAUUUGUUGAAAGAUCACGUGGCCAUUCAUAUCAAUGAUGGCUACUUCACCUGCCCAACUUGUAAGAAACGGUUCCCAGAUUUCAUCCAGGUGAAAAAGCACGUGCGCAGCUUCCACUCGGAGAAGAUCUACCAGUGCACAGAGUGUGACAAGGCCUUCUGUCGGCCCGACAAGCUGCGGCUCCACAUGCUCCGGCAUUCGGACCGCAAGGACUUCCUGUGCUCCACCUGUGGGAAGCAAUUCAAGCGAAAAGACAAACUACGGGAACACAUGCAGAGGAUGCACAACCCAGAGAGGGAGGCCAAGAAAGCCGACCGCAUCAGCCGCUCCAAGACCUUCAAGCCUCGCAUCACGUCCACGGACUACGACAGCUUCACGUUCAAGUGCCGGCUGUGCAUGAUGGGCUUCCGGCGGCGAGGCAUGCUGGUGAAUCACUUAUCAAAGAGACACCCAGACAUGAAGAUCGAAGAGGUGCCGGAGCUAACUCUCCCCAUCAUCAAACCCAACCGUGACUACUUUUGUCAGUACUGUGACAAGGUUUAUAAAAGUGCAAGUAAGCGGAAAGCCCAUAUUCUGAAGAAUCACCCAGGAGCUGAGCUCCCGCCAAGCAUAAGGAAACUUCGUCCUGCUGGCCCCGGAGAGCCCGACCCCAUGCUGAGCACCCACACCCAGCUGACGGGCACCAUCGCCACGCCUCCCGUCUGUUGCCCUCACUGCUCCAAGCAGUACAGCAGCAAGACCAAGAUGGUCCAACACAUUCGAAAGAAGCAUCCAGAGUACGCCCAGCUCCCCAACACCAUCCACACACCCUUGACGACGGCCGUGAUCAGCACUGCCCCAGCUGUGUUGACGACAGAUAGCGCCACUGGAGAGACUGUGGUGACAACAGACCUGCUCACCCAAGCAAUGACAGAGCUGUCCCAGACCUUAACAACAGACUACCGAACGCCCCAGGGGGAUUACCAGAGGAUUCAGUAUAUCCCUGUGUCUCAGUCUGCCUCUGGUCUGCAGCAGCCUCAACACAUACAGCUUCAAGUGGUGCAGGUAGCCCCGGCCACCUCCCCCCACCAAUCUCAGCAGCCCACCGUGGAUGUCGGCCAGCUGCACGACCCCCAGACCUACACCCCACAUGCCAUCCAGGUGCAGCACAUCCAGGUGACAGAGCCCACCACCUCAACUCCCUCGCCCUCCCAGGUAGCUGGGCAGCCUUUGAGCCCCUCUCCCCAGCAGUCUCAGCAGGGGCUCAGCCCCUCCCACAUACCAGGCGGUUCUUCCACGCAAGGGCAGGCCCUGCAGCAGCAGCAGCAGAACUCCUCUGUCCAGCACACAUACCUGCCCAACGCUUGGAACUCCUUCCGUGGCUAUCCGUCCGAGAUUCAAAUGAUGACACUUCCCGCUGGUCAGUUUGUGAUUGCAGACACCAGUGUGCCAACUCCUGUUACUACUGGACAAGUGAAGGCAGUCACUUCGGGUCAUUACGUGUUAUCCGAAAGUCAACCAGAAUUGGAGGAAAAGCAGACUUCAGCCCUCUCCGGCGGAGUCCAGGUUCAAGCGUCUGCGCAGAGUGAGGCCCUGGACGCCCAGCCCACCAGCCAGCAGCAGACCACACAGUACAUCAUCACCACCACCACCAACGGGAACGGAGACAGCGAAGUGCACAUCACCAAACCUUAACUCCGCCUGGCCCUGCACCCGAGCAGUCACAUCGCGUCUUUUCUCAGCCCUAAGCCCGGAAACUCCCACCGCCCGGAACUCUUUUGUAAGGUUUAUUAUUCACUCAAAGAGUUUGGAAGCUGCCGUCUUGACACUCAGACACACCAUGGGGUUUAUCUUGCCAACACUGUCUUUACCAAAUCGACUUGACUCUGAGCCCUUGGGGUUCCCGCCACAGAAUGAAGCUCUUCCAGAGGAAAGUAGAUUUGCAAGAUGGAGAAAUUUUGCCUUGCUCUUGAAUUGGUUUCCUUUCUUUUCCUUCUUUCUUUUCUUUUUCUUUUUUUAAUUUUUUUUUAAAAAACAUAUUGAUAAGCCUUACUUUCCCUUUGUGGAAAUAUCAAGUGGCUUAUUGCGUUCAUACUGAAGGUGGAGAAGGGUUGUACCUAGUCCACGGUUGGUGGGCUUCUUGAUUCCAAGCUGUGGGGUUAAAGGGGAAGGGGCAUUUCAUGGGUACAUAUCAGGUCAGAACCACUUUAUCAUGUGGCUUGGAGUUUUUGGUAAUUUAACAAAGGGAACCUAAUCAAAUAAGAAAACUAUAGCAACAAAAAUUUGACAGUGAUGUUCUAAAGGAAAAACUAUCACCUAAAUUUUUUUUUAAUUACUAAUUGUUGUUGGGCUGUUGGGCAUUCUUUGCAGGGAGGCCAGCCCUCAGCAGGUCUGGUCAGAACCUCAUGUCCUGACGCAUUUCUCCACCGUGGUGCGUGGGGGCUUGAUGUCAACAGAGCUGAAACCUUCACCUCCCAUUAUCUGGUUGUUCUUGGAUUAAGAAGGAGAUCUGGGUACCAAGUAAAAUGAUGAGAACUAUAUAUGGAGAAAGAGAGAGAGGGUCCUGGAACCUUAUCCUGCUUGUAGGAUCCGUUCAGCAUUCACUGGUAAAGGAUGAAUCCUUGCCCUUGCCAAGUACCCAUUUAGCUCUAGAGCUCACAGCACUCAGUGUGUUCUAGAACUUCAACGUUGUCUUAAAAUGAACGUUCUCUAAUGUCGGGCAGAAAGGUGGCCUUCCUUAUUUCAAAACACUACUGACUUUGAGCAGUGUAACGCCUCCAUCCCUUUGUGUCAGGUGACCAAAUUCACCCUGAGGGGAAGAACAAGCAUGUGGGGACCAUUUAUAAUGCAGUAAGGGGAUUAUAAGGGAUCUGGAGGAAAUCUAAUCCUUGUGACUCUCUGUCAGUUGGGAGAGGAAGAGAAAAUCCACUUGGACAGUAGUUUUUCUCCUCUUUGUUCCUGCUUGGGAGUCCCGACUGCUAUGAAUUCAACAGGAAGAGGUAUUUCCCUUCUUUUUACUGUACAUUCCAAUUGCCAUAAAAUGGCAUGCUGAUUUAAAAAAUCAGUAUGUAUUUUCGCAACUUUUUGUGACAUGCUAGCAUAUUUUUAGGAUAACUGUUGCACAGUAGAAUCCAUCACUCCAGAAUAGAAAGACCCGACUUGAUUUCAUCUGAAGUUAACUAUUUUAUUUACAUUUUGGGGUCUAAACUGGUUUGAUGAAAAGAAGUAUAGAAGCAUCUUUAUGAUAAAGCUACCUUCCUGAAAAACAAACCAUUCUGUCCAAAUAACUACUAAUCUAUAGAUUUUGCACUUUAUUUUUGCGACCUCAUUCAUGUCGUUAUCCCUGAAGAUUUGGGCAUUAAGAGAACUUGAGAAAAGUACUUCAUCAAUGUGUAGAGACUGAAAAUGCACCCUGUCUCUUUGGUGACAAAGAAGUACUGUUGAUAUUUUCAACAGAAAACGUUGACCCCGAGUCACAGAACAGGGACUUGGGUUCCCAAAGUCUCACUGUGUAUUAAUUGCAAAGAUUCCAGUGUCUGUCCUGGGAAGACUUGCUUGGUGAAGACUAUCCCCAGGGGUCCACAUUCAGCUCCUCUCACUUACACUCGGCCCUUUUUUAUUUGAACCAGCAAGGUAUGUCCCCUCUUCUCAGGAGGAACCCAUUGGUUGGAACUGCAAGCGAUCACAGAAUGGAAUGCUCAUUUUAUGCCAGUUAUUUCAUGUUCUAAAAUACACAAAGGAAAAUAUUGAAAUAUUGGGAAGGGACCUCUUUGUCUCUUUCCUUUCUUCCCUUCUAGGUUUUUUUUUCUUCCCUUUUUUUUUUUUUUUUUUUUUUUUUGGUCCUUGUAUGAAAUAAAGAGAGACUCUAAAACUAAUUUAUAAAUAAUCAGCCAGAGAUGCUGGUGGCAACUCAAACCAAAUAACACUGCUUUAAGAUCAGGUAUUCUGCACAUUCAUUCCAAGGGGAUAGAUUUGGAAGAGAUGGCGGAUGCAAAGCUGCUUGACGGACAACAUGUGUAGCCAGCGUUUAUACUGCGACCUCUCUCAAGACACACUGACGCUGUAGACUUCAUUCAGUGCAGUGGGAGUGUUUUGGAGUAGGUUGGCUGUAGAUUUUACAUUUUUAUUGUUUGAUUUAUGCCCACAGAAAUAGACAUUUCAUCAUGUAAGAUUCCUGUUAUUCUGGGAAACCUAUUGUUUUGAUCUUCUUGAAUUGUUUUUUGACCUGGAAUUCCCCUUUAAAAAAACUCUUUAAGAUGUCUAGGGCUAAAAAGCACUUCAUGAGAUGCUAAAGCUGACCCAUUGGUCAAAAAUGUUGACCCUAUCCUGUUAUUUAAAUGUGAACAUUUAUUGUACAUUCAGUGAGUUAUAGUGUUAAUAGUCUUGUGCUACCCAGCAGGUGUAAAAAUUAAUAAACUUUUUUUUAGU